GCUCCCGGGGGCGAGAACCGGAGGUGACACCACAGUACUGCUCUCGCCCUUCCCGAGCUUCGCCGCGGCUGCAGGGGAGUUCAGGAUAACCGUGAGUUUCUCUGGGACGGAAGCGGUGGGAUAUCGCCGUGUGUUGCCCUGCUGCGCGGUUUCAGUUCGGUUCAACAGCAGCAGCACGUCGGCAGUGAAAGGGUGAGCUUUUACAGUUCUGUAUGACCUCAGGAGUGCCUUUCUGAAUUUAUUCAGCCAAGUCACUCUGCCCAUUUAUUUUGGAUACUGACCUCACUACAACUGGUCAUCGUAUGUUGGAUGAUGCAGCAAACCUGAGCCAGAUCCUCAGAUCUUGUGGUCUGUUUCCACAGUUCCCUUAGUGGGCGGCUCUCCUGGUCUGGGUUACAAGGAUGCACCAGCAGAGCUUUGCCCAGGUCUGCUGGGAGUGACCUGUGGGCGACACCCUCCUGGGGACAGCGGCUUCGAGGGUGGUAACGUGGCAGAGACGUGGAGAGCGCUGAGCCUGGGCGGAACACACCAUGGGAGCAAACACCUCCAGCAAGUCACCAGCCUUCCGUGAAAGUGAAGACGUCACCUUCGACCAUUUUGAAAUUUUGCGAGCUAUUGGGAAGGGCAGCUUUGGAAAAGUCUGCGUUGUGCAAAAGAACGACACCAAGAAGAUGUAUGCCAUGAAAUACAUGAAUAAACAGAAGUGCGUGGAGCGUAACGAAGUGAGAAAUGUUUUCAAGGAGCUGCAGAUUAUGCAGGGCCUGGAACACCCCUUCCUCGUUAAUUUAUGGUACUCGUUCCAGGAUGAAGAAGAUAUGUUUAUGGUUGUAGACUUGCUGCUUGGAGGGGACCUGCGUUACCAUCUCCAACAAAAUGUGCGGUUCCAAGAAGGCACCGUGAAGCUCUUCAUCUGUGAGCUGGUGCUGGCCCUUGACUACCUCCAGAGCAGGCACAUCAUCCACAGAGACAUCAAGCCUGACAACAUUUUACUGGAUGAGCAUGGACACGUUCACAUCACCGAUUUCAAUAUUGCCACAAUGCUGACUAAGGAAAUACAAGUCACCACCAUUGCUGGCACGAAGCCGUAUAUGGCACCUGAAAUGUUUAACUCCACAAAACCCACCGGCUAUUCCUUCGCCGUGGACUGGUGGUCCCUGGGGAUCACUGCCUACGAGCUGCUCAGGACCCGGAGGCCGUAUCACAUUCGCUCCAACACUUCCAUAAAUGAAAUGGCUCACGUGUUGAGGACGGUGCCGGUGAUGUACCCUGCCGCCUGGUCCGCGGGGAUGGUGGCUCUGCUCAGCAGGUUGCUUGAGCCGAACCCCGAGAAGCGUUUUUCUCAGCUGAAGGAUAUCCAGGACUUUCCAUACCUGUCAGAUGUGAACUGGGAUGCUGUUCUCCAGAAAAGGAUAACUCCAGAAUUCAUUCCCACGAAAGGCAGACUGAACUGUGACCCAACCUUUGAACUGGAAGAAAUGAUCCUAGAAUCCAAACCUCUUCACAAGAAAAAAAAGCGCUUGGCUAAGAAGGAGAAAGACACCAGCAAAAGCAAUUCCUCCCAGGCCUGCCACCUUCAAAAGCACCUAGAGAUGCUCCAGAGGGACUUCAUUGUUUUCAACAGAGAAAAGGUGAGGCACCGCUGCAGCGACAGCCAGGAGACCAUAACGCUGCCCAAAAGCAGAGGCACGUACAAGGAGGGCAGCCAGAACAACCACCUCUGAGAGCCGCACGGCCCUGCUGGAGCGUUCCUGGUGGGCCAGUGCACACCCACCUGCACCCCUGCGCAGCGCUGGCCCACGGGCUGGCCCACGGGACGCUGAGGGUAGCCCAGGGCAGGGUGGCCAGGCGGGAGCUGGGGCACCCGCUGCCUUCCACCCCACAGCCUAGCCGUGGGGGGAGAGGCCGUGGGAGCUGCCCCCAUGAUUUGCUGCCGUCAGUUAGACUGGGACCCUGUUAUUUUGCCUUUCAUGGUGGCAGGAAUGGCGUACAGAGGGAUGAGGUUUCCGUAGUCACCCUCUUGCCUUGGCUGGUGUCACAGCCCGUGGUGCCGCCUGCCGCGCCGGUGGUCCCAGCGCUGUCACCCGUGGGGUCGGUUGUGGUGGCGGCUCUGUGGCAGCGCUGGGGGUCUUGGGACCCCACACGGGCUCAUGGGCACCUGCUCCAGGGGGAAGAGGCCGCUCCUGGCUGCGGGGUCUCCGCCGGUGCGUCACGACAAGGGUGGCCUUUGCCAGCGCCUGUGAGCGGGGGCACGGAGGGAUGGGAGGGGCAGCGACCGCCUCCCUUGCUGGGAGGGAGCAGCAGAGGUUUCCCGUCCGUCUCCUCUCUCCCCACACGGGUUCCUGUGCCCGUUCCCGGCAGAGCGGGGCUGCAGUGGUGGGUUGGAGCCUGCAGAUGGGUGUGGAGGUGAUGAGGCAACGACCGGCCCUGGUGAAUAACCAGCGUUCAGAUGCUUUUCCAGGCCAGCCCGAAAAACCCACUCAUCAGCACAGGAAGCUGCUGCAGCUCCCUGAAUCCAAUGGGGUUUGGCUUCCAGCACCAGAGGUAAAUCUGGAUUUGUGUUUUUCAUCUAUCUGCCAUUGGAAUCGUGCUUGAUCUGGCGUUUGCAGGACCAGCUGUCCUGGUGCAGUCCUUGCCAAGGCUGAGAUUGGCCACAGCCAAUCGGUCGAGCUGGGACUGAUGCUGUGAUUCAGAUGCUUUGGCAGACCCGAGGUUUCACCCCCUUAUUCACCUUUUUUCCUGUUCUCAGCAAUACAGUGAAUGCGUGAUAAAGCAUUUGCCUCCCAUUUACCCAAAGCUGUUCUUUCUAUCCCCUGUGCCUUCCUGUCUGCCUAAAUCUGAUCAACU